GCAACAGACCAGAGCGUGGUCCUCAGGGCGCAGCAGGAGAAGAGCAAAAAUUGGGAUCACCUCUUCAGGAGGACAACACUGACGUCUGAACAACACUUUGGGUGCCUGUCCGGUCUGGUCCGUGUUUGGAUUCGGGUGUCCUGGUGACACAGGGUUUAGCCGGUCUGAAAGAGUAUAAAACCCCGCCUCUAAGGAUAACACAAUCACAACAUCUUGACUCCUGUUCCACAGUUAGACCUCAAGAGACCUCAGUGAACAUCUGUGAAGAAAACCCAACACAACCAUGAGAGAAUGUAUCAGCAUCCACGUCGGCCAAGCCGGAGUCCAGAUCGGAAAUGCCUGCUGGGAACUGUACUGUCUGGAACACGGAAUCCAGCCGGACGGUCAGAUGCCAUCAGAUAAAACCAUUGGGGGUGGGGACGAUUCCUUCAACACCUUCUUCAGUGAGACUGGGGCAGGCAAACACGUUCCCCGGGCAGUCUUCGUCGACUUAGAACCAACUGUUGUCGAUGAGGUUCGUACCGGCACAUACCGCCAGCUGUUUCACCCGGAACAACUCAUCACCGGCAAAGAGGACGCCGCCAACAACUAUGCCCGUGGGCACUACACCGUCGGUAAGGAGCUCAUCGAUUUGGUUCUUGACCGCACCCGAAAACUGGCUGACCAGUGCACAGGUCUACAGGGAUUCCUCAUCUUUCACAGCUUUGGAGGAGGCACCGGCUCUGGAUUUACCUCCCUUCUUAUGGAACGUCUCAGCGUGGACUACGGCAAAAAGUCCAAGCUGGAGUUCGCCGUCUACCCAGCACCCCAGGUGUCCACGGCUGUGGUUGAGCCCUACAACUCCAUCCUGACCACCCAUACCACCCUGGAACACUCUGACUGUGCAUUCAUGGUUGACAACGAGGCAAUCUACGACAUCUGUCGCCGUAACCUUGACAUCGAGCGUCCCACCUACACCAACCUGAACCGUUUGAUUGGUCAGAUCGUCAGCUCCAUCACGGCUUCUCUCCGAUUUGAUGGCGCCCUCAAUGUGGAUCUGACCGAGUUCCAGACCAACCUGGUACCUUAUCCCCGUAUCCACUUCCCUCUGGCUACAUAUGCCCCAGUCAUCUCCGCAGAGAAGGCUUACCAUGAGCAAUUAUCUGUGGCUGAAAUCACCAACGCCACAUUUGAACCAGCCAACCAGAUGGUGAAAUGCGAUCCACGUCAUGGCAAAUACAUGGCCUGUUGUAUGUUGUACAGAGGUGACGUCGUGCCCAAAGACGUCAACGCCGCCAUUGCUACCAUCAAGACCAAGAGAACCAUCCAGUUUGUCGAUUGGUGUCCCACUGGUUUCAAGGUUGGCAUCAACUACCAGCCUCCAACUGUUGUGCCUGGUGGUGAUUUGGCCAAGGUACAGAGAGCCGUGUGUAUGUUGAGCAACACGACAGCCAUUGCUGAGGCAUGGGCUCGUCUUGAUCACAAGUUUGACCUGAUGUACGCCAAACGUGCCUUUGUCCACUGGUACGUGGGAGAGGGUAUGGAAGAGGGCGAGUUCUCCGAGGCUCGAGAGGAUUUGGCCGCUCUGGAGAAGGAUUACGAGGAGGUUGGGGUUGACUCCGUAGAGGAUGAGGGAGAAGGCGAGGCUGAGGAGUAUUAG